AUGGUUCGGGGUUUAAAUAAGCAUGAACAUGAACGUGCAGUAAUGAACAAAAUAAAAAAAGACAGGUACGAGGAUAAAAAGGCGAAACAGAAUACAUGUGUUCUCAAAGUGUUGAAACAUUUUUUAUUUCUAGUUGUAUUGUAUUCAGAAGCUGACACGGAUGAAGAACUAUUUCCAGAAAAAAAAACUAUUCGUAAAGGACAAGAUAUUCCAAAAGAUAAUGAACAUGAUUAUGCAAUAAAGCCGCGACUUUACGGGAUUGUUAUACAAUAUGUUAAGACAAACAAUCCGUACUGCAAUUUACAAACACAUUCAAAUAAGUUUACAGUUGCUACUGAACGAAAUUCUGCUGGUCAUUUAUUACGAACUAUUGGCUAUUGUGGCAUGAAAAAUCCGGAUUGUCCAUUUCGGUUUACGGUCGAUAUCCACAUGAACGGUGACGUGUUCAUCAAUACAAAUGGUGUGCUUAUUCAUGAAGGGCAGUUCAAAGCACGUCACAUUCGUAAGCCAGAGCGACAAGCAUUGAAAGAAGCAUUUGAACAAGGAGUCAAUCCAACCCUAGUAUUCCACAAACGUUUAGCGCAAAUUCCAAGGAAUAUUUUAAAAGCUGAAAAUUUAGAUGGUGCUGGAAAAAGAUACGGAACCAAUGCUGAUAUUCAAAAAACAAUUCCGCAUGCAUGCACUGCGUAUAUCAUGAAAGAUUGGAAAAUACUAUGCCAUAAAUCAAAACUGAAAAAAGAGGAGGUCAAAUCAAUUAUGUUGUAUUGCUCUGUUGUUCUUAAUUCAAAUACCUAUGAAGAAUUAAAGAAGAACUAUCAGUUAUUUUGCGUUUAUUUUAUUCAUCCGGAAGACACAGCACAACACCGUGCUGCAAAAGAGAAAUUAAAUGCAGCUGUAAGAAACCUUGAAAAAAUGAAUGCAGAUGAUGUAGAUGAUGUGAUUGCGUAUGACGAAAAAUAUUUACAGUUAAACGUUGUUGACGAAUAUGGUAUUGGCGAUAUCGACAAAAAAGAGAUUGAUGAUGAUAUAAAAAAGAUGAAUCAAACUGUGCAGACAUGGUUUUCGGAGGAAGAAAUGCUCAAUGAAUUUGAUUCUAAUGUUAAAACUGUUGGUAAUGUUACUGCAGCUGGAACGUUAAGACAAGAGAUCGCCAAAAUUCAACGUACAACGGGAACAUCAGAAAAACGUAUGUCUAUCGUGCAAAAUGUGGAACUGCACAAAAAGACAUUAAAAAGAUUGAACUUAGUUGUUGGUCUUCUCUGUGACGAUACAAUCGCGAUUCAAAAGCAAGCUGGGCUUCAGUUAGCUGGUGCAACUAGGUCAAGGCAUCUGAAAGAAUUGAUCGAAAGAUGGUCGAAUAAAAAAAUAGGUCAUUAUCAACAGUACGCAAAAACAAUGGAAAAUCGGAUAAAAAUGAAAAUCCCAGAAGUUAUGUUUUAUUGCGAUACGAAGGCAGUGGCUGUAUGGCAAAACAAGGGUAAAAUAUACGGACUAGAAAAUUCUGUAUUGAGAGCAACGAUAACUGUGAAAGUACUGCAAAGAAAUAUGAUAUAUAUAGAUCCGACUAUCAUACUUCCCGACCAUCUCGAUGAUUUAUCCACACUUCUCCGACGUGAAAUAACGAAUCCAAACACAGUAAAAGAAGAUGCAAUUCAAUCCGUGAUGAUCGGUAUUCGAAAACAUAUUGCUAGUUUAAAUGAAACAGGUGUCUUUCAUCUCGUGAAAUUUAUAGAACAUUUUAUACUUCCGAUAAUCAACACAAAUGUUCAAAUGACAGUUGUUCUCCAAGCAACAUGUCAGACUUGUGAAAUUAAUUUCAACAAUUUUAUCAAUCAUAAAGUCCUUGUAUUGCACGGUUAUGAUGUUCAUACUGAUCGUGAUUUUAUAACUCAAAUCUUAGUCUCAUCGAACCGAAAUAGAGAAUGUCCAAAUUGUAAGGACGAUGAUACAAUACAGCUGUUAGUAUCCGCUGUAUAUCAAAAAAAUGAUGAUCAGUAUGCUUCUACUAUAUUAUGUAAUAUAAAUAAGUAUGUUUGUGUGGAAGAUGGUAAAAAGUUUGUUUUACCAUCCAAAACGAAGGAUGUCUACAUGAGGCAAACGAUUUUGUUAAUUUAUCAAAAGAUAACUGUUUUGGGCGUUGAUUUUACGAAUGCUAUAUUUUCAUUGCUGGACAACGCUCACGAAAACAUUACAAAAGAUCAAAAUUCCAUUACCUUACCAUUACCAUGGUAA